AUGGCAUUGCGUACCUCGACACGUCUUUUGAAUGCUCGUUUGACCACCACCGCUGUUCGUCAACAACCCAUGCGCAUGGCUAUGCGUGCCCAAUCGACCUUGAACACCGGCGAGGUUCUCGAGGAUCCUCAAAUUGGCGACUACCCCAACUUGCCUCGUUACAGCACCCAAACUCGUGGUCCUUACGGCUGGUGGGAUCCCCAAGACAAGCGUAAUUUCGGCGAAACCGUUCAUGAAGAGGACGAAUUGUAUGGUGUCUGGGCCCCUGACCUUUUCCACUAUAGCCCUUACAAGGCCCUUGCUCAACUUGGUCUUGCUGCUGGUAUCUUCGCUGGUGUUUCUUACCUUGUUUACAACAACUAUCCCGAGCGUCCUGCUUCCAAGCGUACUUAUCCCUAUGAUGGUCUCAAGGCUGAACUUGGCUCUCGCGAAUAUGACAUUAGACCCCGUGGUGCUCGCCCUGAUACCGAGGCAUAG